AUGGAUGCAUCUCCAAAUACCCAGCAGACGACGCCAAGUAGCGCGACCAAUCCGACUGGAGCGGGUGCCAUACCCAGCUCGCAGACUCCAGGCCACCCAUCGUUUAGGCGACAGCGUGCCAGUCGAGCUUGCGAGACGUGCCAUGCGCGAAAGGUGCGAUGCGAUGCCGCCAGUCUCGGAGUUCCGUGUACCAACUGCGUCGCCUUCUCCAUCGAAUGCAAGAUCCCCGCGCCGAAGAGGAAGAAGACGGGAGGUAGCAAGAAAGAUCGGCGGGGCUCAUAUACCGACACCGGUGCGUCGCCGUCAGCUCGCAGCGAUGCCGUCCCGGGUCAACGUGAGAUUGUUAUGCCGCGCCAGCUCACGCCUCGUGGCUUCCAACCCGACGAGAUCGGCAUGAACACUAGCUCUGGCAUGCCGGACACUGAAGUCACGGAGGCGUACGCGAGCCAGCAGCAUGUCAACAACGGCACCUACGUCCAGUAUAUGAAGCCAAAGUUCGCUCGAGCACCCAUCAAGGAAGCCGGUCGCGUUGCGUAUUUGGGCGAGUCUAGUAACCUCUCUCUACUUGUGCAAGAUCGCCACGGCACGACGGAUGUGGUCCACUAUCCGUUGCCGGAGAAUGUUCGCGGCGCUCGAGCGCGCGUGAACGAGCUUGACAAUGUCGAGAUAGACAUUCUCCACCAGCGCGGCGCCUUCCUACUUCCGCCACGCCAGCUAUGUGAUGAGCUGGUCGACGCUUUCUUCCGUUGGAUUGCCCCCGUGGUUCCAGUCAUCAACCGCAGCAAGUUCAUGCGCCGCUACCGAGACCCGAAGAACCCACCGUCUCUCUUACUUCUUCAGGCCAUCCUUCUCGCCGGCAGCCGGGUAUGCAGCAAUCCGCAAUUGAUGGACGCCAACGGCAGUACUACUCCCGCAGCAAUGACUUUCUACAAGCGCGCAAAAGCUCUGUACGAUGCCAACUACGAAGAUGAUCGCGUUACCAUCGUACAGGCGCUCAUUCUCAUGGGUUGGUAUUGGGAAGGGCCGGAAGGUAGGAACCGCCACCGUGGAGAAAUCGUCACGCAGGCGCGGUCUGAUGUUGCUGCAGACGUCACGAAAAAUGUCUUUUACUGGAGCCGGGUCGCGGUUAUCGUGGCGCAAGGAUCUGGUAUGCAUCGAAGUGUCGAAGGCUCCCAGCUCUCCCGAGCAGACAAGCGACUAUGGAAGCGCAUAUGGUGGACCCUCUUCACCCGCGAUCGCUCCGUUGCUGUCGCGCUGGGCCGUCCUGUCGGUAUUAACAUCGAAGACAGCGACGUCGAAAUGGUGUCUGAAGACGACUUCAUCGACGAUGAGGGCGCGACAGCGGGCGAAUUCGCGCCCGAUCCGAUCCACGUCCAAUUCUUUUUGAACUACGUCAAGCUUUGCGAGAUCAUGGGACUCGUCCUAAGCCAGCAAUACUCGGUCGCGUCGAAGGCACGAAAUUACAACGCGAUCGAUUUGACGCACUCAGAUAUGGCACUGGCCGACUGGCUGCAAAAUUGUCCGCCAGAGGUCCGGUGGGAGCCGCAGAGGCAUCAUUUCUGGAGCGCGCUGUUGCAUUCCAAUUAUUACACCACGCUGUGCCUUCUCCACCGGGCACACAUGCCUUCAGCCGGAGCACCAGAGGCGCGGCCGCUCAACGGCUACCCUGAGGAGACAGCUUACCCCUCGCGAACGAUUGCGUAUCAAGCCGCUGGUAUGAUUACGAGCAUUAUCCAGGAGCUGCAGAAUCAUGAUCAGCUGCGGUUUACGCCUGCUUUCAUCGUAUACUCGCUCUUUUCGGCACUGAUUAUGCACGUCUACCAAAUGCGCAGCUCUAACCAGUCUAUCGUCUCCGCCACGCAGCAGCGUCUCACCACGUGUAUGACUGCAUUACGAGAUGUGAGCAAAGUCUGGCUCGUGGCAAAGAUGGUGCACACACUUUUCGAGUCAAUUCUGGGCAAUAAGGUACUCGAGGAACGUUUGCAGAAGGCCGCCGGCCGUCGGCAUGGAAAAGGUAAACAAAAUGGAUACAGCGGGCAACGGACGGCGAAGAAUACACCGCCACCGGGCGUUCAGCAGCAAAGCAUGCCGCCGACAAGCGAUGCGCACAAGCGCAAGUUCGACGACAUGGAGCUGGGCUAUGCCAAUGGACCUCCCUCCGGCGCGCAGAUGAGCUAUGAGCGAAGUCGGCCGCAGAGUCCAGUCAUCUCGCCGAAUCGAGAAUUAUCUGGCCAGCAGCAAUUGCCCACCAUCUCAGCAGGCAGCCCCAACAUCCGCCAAAGCACCGAUGCGUUCAUGGGCACGUCAGGCUCUCGAGUCAAUACCAGGCCUACAACGCCGUUUAACACGUACAGCUACCCCGGCACACCACCUGAUCUGUUCCUGCAUACCAGAAAUAGUCCGAAGAUUAGCGAGGAUCUGUGGCAGAAUUACGAGCCUGCGCAGCUCUUCCCGCCAGAGGUGAAUGGGAUGGGAUUCAGCGUGCAUCAAAGCCCCGACGGCGUUCCCGUCGACCCAGCAUUACGAAGACUAUCGCAACAACAACAGGCGAGCGGGAUGGGCAUGCAGCAGGACGGCGGUGCGCCACAAGCUCAGAUGCAUCAGCAACAGCCGCCGCAACUGCCCACGUACCACCCGGACACUCAGGCAUGGAGUCACCUCCCAAAUGAACAGAUGAUGCAGCAGCACGCAGGGGCGCCUGGUGGUGGUCGGCCGCCGCUGCAGGACGAUCAAUGGUCUACUUCCACGGGAACCGGACCGAUCGUCCCCACGACGCUGAAUGUGGGCGAUUGGUUCGAGUUCUUUGGGAUCCCUAAUGGGGAUUUGGCGGCGUUGGGUGGGGUGCAGGGACUCGCGGCGCAUUUGCCGCCGCCGAGUAGUGGUGGAGGGUAUGGGUAG